AUGCUCAGCGUGGGAUGCGCGUGCGGUGCCAUCGCGGGAGCGUUGGUGUACAUAGAAUCUGGAACCGUGCUCGGCACGCUCACGACGACGAUGAAGGGCGCGGUUGUCGCGGCGCUACCACUCGGCGCGAUGUUCGGGUGCGCGGCGACGCCGGGGUUGAACGAACCGUUUGGGCGAAGAUUCGCGCUGGGAUGCUGCGAUGUGGGAUUCAUCGUCUCCGCCGCGCUCAUGGCGAGCGCGAGUGCGGUCGAACAAGUCGUCCUCGGUCGUUUCGUCGCCGGUCUCGCGGUGGGGAUCGCGACGUCGAUGUGUACAAUGUACAUUUCCGAGUGCGCGCCGGCGAAGACUCGCGGCAAGCACAGCGGCUUGGCGCCGCUGUCCGUCACCGUCGGUCUCUUGGGCUCAUUCGUUCUCUCCUUAUUCGCGACGAACGUGGUCGAUGGAUGGCGCUACAUGUUUGCCUUCGCCGCCGUCCCGGCACUCGUACAACUCGGCAUCAUUCUCAAGACCAACGCGCUUCCCGAGUCGCCGCGAUGGCUGGCAGAAAAUUGUCGCGUCGGCGAAGCCAAGGCGGUAUUCAACAGCCUCGGACAGCCCGAUGUGGACGUGCACGUCAUCGCACUGAACGCGACGACGAAGCCAACGAGUAAGAUUUUGAGUUUGUUCAAGGACGCGAAGACUCGGAACGCGCUUGGCGUCGCGAGUUUGAUGAACUUUUUCCAGCAAGCUUGCGGUAUCAACGUCGUGAUUUAUUACGCUCCGAAGAUUUUGAGCGAUCUUGGAUUCGAUCGUUCGCACGCCAUCGCGCUCACAGCGUGUGUGAGUGUCGUACAAAUCAUCGCAGGUACUUGGCUCUCGCGAAGCAUAGACGCCAUCGGUCGUCGACCUUUAGCUCUGGGUGGUAUCGGCGCGAUUUCGUUCGCGCUCGCUCUUCUCACGUUGAGCGUGACUCCGAGCGUGUACUUGCAUUUCAUGAGCGCCACCGCCGCGCCGUGGCUAGCCGUUGCUGCUAUUCUCGUGUUUCGCAUCGCUUUCAGCGUCAGUCUCGGCCCGGUACCGUACAUCGUAACGAGUGAGGUCUUUCCACAAAAGGUGCGCAACGUCGGCGUGAGCGCCGCGACGGCGGUGCAGUGGAUCAUGAACGCCUUGGUGACGUUCACGUUUUUACGAAUCCGCGAAAUCUGGAGCGCACAAGGCGUUUGGAUGUUGUACUUUACCGUGAGUGUCUUCGCACUUACCGUCGUGUAUAAGGUUUUGCCGGAAACGACGGGAAAAACCCUGGAAGCUUAG